AUGAGGUCUAUUUGCUGCUUUUCUAUUCUAAGUCCAAUCCAAGUUAGAGCGCAUGCAACAUAUGACGCAGCUCCGUUAAGUCACAGGCAACUUUUUUCGCUCUAUAAGAAUUGGGGCAAAAGAGGUAACGAGCUGGAUCUAUUGGAGGAAGUAGAGGAAAGAAUUUCUAAAUGGAAGCUUAAUAAAUGGGAAAUGCGGAUUCCUCCUCUUCUCUCAGCACGCGAAAAGGAGGUAAUGCGUCAACAACAAGAACUGCUUAAGAGCAUAUUCUUUAACUGGAGAAAAUGUAAAGACGCCUUAAAUGUGGAUCUCGAGCUGAUUUCCUCCAUUACCGGUUUACCAAAGGUGGCAGUCAGAGAGAAGAAUCGCGCAUGGCUUCAAGAAGAGGCGUCAAAACUGCGUUGGGUAGGAGAAGUCAACAAGGCAGCACAAUUGCGUGAUGCUUUUUUGCGUUUAGAAGUUUAUGGAUCAAGGGACCAUAUGCUUUUACAGCGACUAUGCUGCAUUUACGGCUUGGGCUUACAGGGCUCAUUUGAGAAUGCCUUCUCCAACUACAUUGUGGAAGAUCCUACCAAUAAAAAAAUAUAUAUUGAUGAGUCAAAUGCAUUUCGUGAUCUUAUAGGCCAUAUUAUUAAUACAUACCCCCAAAUAGAUAUCAUUUAUGAUUUUCUUGGCUUCAACCUUGUUGAGGGAUAUCGUUCAUCCUUGCGUCGAUACCUUCAAUGUAUGAUUUCUCGAUCAGCACAUGAGACGACAACAACAGCAACCGGUCGUUUAUUUUUUGGAAUAGGAAAGCCUGAAGAAAUUCUUUUUGAUUUUGCUAAUAGCAAGGAGUCUUUGGUUUCUGGUGAUUGCGUACAGGGCUUUCCGGAUUUUGUUUUUGUGAUGGGAGCCGAUAUUACUCUUAUUCUGAUUGCAUCGGAUAAUUUUUGGCUUCGCAACCGUCAGUUGCCCCACAGGAAGCAAAUGGAGGGUAUUGCACGGCGUGCCAGUUUUGUCUUGGGUAUUCCAUUUUCGGACGUGCGUGUUCGAAAUCUCCUUUUGCCUCCGAGUUACCUUGACAAGAACUCUAUUUGUAGGAUCAAUGAGGUGGUUCUUGGAUUAACAAGUGAGGAGCAGCGUAAUUUGGCUCCUUGGCUGGACAUGUAUCAGAAGGAGUUAGAUCCCAAAGAUGUUGAUUUUUCUGCUCUUAUGAAAUCAACAAAUGAGGAGGAAUGGCUUACAUUGUAA